GUGGGGAUCCACUGAUCCGAUAAAGAAAACGGGUCAAUGCUCGAAACGAGCUGGCGGUAGAGAGAGAGAGAGAGAGAACGAAAGAUGGGGAGGGAGGUAUCAGAGAGCUGCGUGGGGAGUCUUCUAACCGAGAUUGUUUCUUCUUACUGCAAUGGCUUCUAUGCCGACAAGCCGGAGCUCGCCGCCCGCCGGAUUGAAGCCAUCGGAUUUCAAGUUGGUCACCAACUUUCUGAAAGAUACACAAUGGAACGACCUCGGUUCAGUGACCAUUUGGAAGCUAUCAAGUUCAUUUGCAAGGACUUCUGGUCUGAGCUCUUUAAGAAACAAAUAGACAACCUAAAGACAAACCACAGAGGUACCUUCGUGUUGCAAGAUAAUCAGUUUCGUUGGCUAUCUCAGAUGCCAAUGGAUCCAUCUCUUGAAACUUCUGGUUCUAUUCAAGAUCCUUCAGCCAUGGCUGAGAACAAAGCUGCACAAGCAAUAGGCAUGCAUCUCUAUUUCCCUUGUGGAAUCAUCAGGGGUGCACUUUCAAAUCUGGGAAUUUCCUGUGCAGUAUCUGCAGAUAUAUCUAACCUGCCUGCAUGUUCAUUUGUGAUACAUAUUAAGGUUUGACAAGCUCUUGCAAGAAUUAAGGGUUGGCUCUCCACUUGUGUGCCAGAUCUGGUCAGCCAUCACAUAUGAACUAUCUUCUUCUUCCUCUUAUAUUCUCCUCCCUUCCCCUUUGUUUUGGGUUUCAAGUUACAGAGACUGGAGUGCAAAUUUGUGCAUGAAUCAGCAUACAUGGCAGUUGUUCCCA